AUGCGCCGGGAGUUCCGAGUGGCCAAGACGUUGGCUGUGGUCACCAUUGUGUUCAUUGCAUGCAUUAUACCGUUUACUGUCGUAUAUUCAAUAACUCAUUUCACCAAUCUCACUUAUCUACAAGUGACACGACUGCAUGUGACCAUUUGGAUUGUAUUUAUUAAUUCAACAAUUAAUCCAAUACUCUAUGGUUUACUGAAUCGUGACUUUCCAAUUAUACUGUUUAUAAUAAUAUUCACUACAAUAUUGGGUAACUUAUUGGUUAUUACAGCGAUUAAAACAACACCUAAACUCCAAAUACGACCCAAUUUUCUCAUACUAUCGCUCAGUAUUACCGAUCUUAGCGUCGGUAUGUUUGCGAUGCCACUUAUGGCCUAUUAUAAUGUGGUCGGUAUUGAUGAGUGGACAAUGGGAUCAGUUAUGUGUGACAUUAAGACAUUUAUUUCCAUUUGUUUCACAACAACAUCAUAUCUACACAUUAUGUUUAUAGCCAUCGAUCGGUACCUAUCGGUCACAAGAAUAGAAUACUCGAGGAAUAAAUCCAAAUCACAUGUAAUGGCAAUGAUAGAAAUCGACUGA